AUGUACCAUCAGCACCGCCACUCGAGCUCGGGCUCAUUCAACGGAGCGGUCUCAGUAUCUGGCCGCAAACGGGCGUCACUAAUGCCGUUGCGCCCACUCGCAGCUCUCUUGGAGCAACUCUCGCUGCGCGUGUCGGCCGUGCGCUUCAGCAAGCGCGACGUGCGCUACGAAUUGCAUGUGGAGCACGCCGCCUCGCAGACCCGCUGGCGUAAGGCGCGCUCCUUCGACGAGUACAAGGCUUUCCAGACUCAGCUGCUGACGGCGCUACGCCUAGGUCACUUCUGUCAGGCCGAGUGCCCGUGGCUUUUUACAUUCGUCAAGAGCUACUUCCCGGGAUCCGUGUCGUUCUUCGGACUCGGCGGUCACAGCGACUGCGCCGUGGAGAAGCGCCGCGACGCACUGGAGCACGUGCUGACGUCGCUGCAAAAGUUUGUUGUGAACCAGCAGAACGCGGCAGCGUGCUCCAUUGUGGCUAACAGCAUAACGCAGUUGGUGGCAGAUUUCGUACUGGGCGACGUGAGUGACAAGCGCCACCCGUUAAGUGGAGUGUACAGCAGGAACAGCAGCUCCAACCUCGGUAAUCUGAGCGACAGUGUGUGCUCUUCGAUGUCAUUGACUUCGGACGAGGGCGAUGAGCUAGCGGACGAGGCGGACGAGGCAGUGGGCAUGUGCACACAGUGCAGCUCGAGUCUGGACGGCGAGGCGUUUGGUGCGUCCACUUCUUCAAAAACGGACAGCUUCCACACGUCGUCGAGUGGCCGCAGCAGUGUACUGAGCUACACGACAACGUUGUCGUGCGGCCACCGAUUUCACGACGAGUGUAUUGUACCGAAACUGAACCAGGAGAUGCGAUGCCCUACGUGCCAUGCAAAGGUUGAUGCAUUCUAGAGCGGGCUCCAGUUAUUGCUAGUAAUUUAUUCAUGCAGAGCGCAUGACAAGCUUGUAGAAAAUCUGUAACGAAUUCAACAAGAUUUUAGACUU